AUGUCAACGAAGGCAGCCAACACGCAGAGCAGCAAGCAUCAUAGUGUGGUGCCCCCAGUAGAAGCGAACAGCGCCAGGUCGUAUGUGGGGCGCGGCCUUGCCGACCGUCAGGCCCUGUACGCCGAGUCGUUGAGGGACCCCGCACUCUUCUGGAGCAGAGUGGCGGCCGACAACUUCUACUGGGAGAAGCUGUGGCCUGCGGAUAAGGCGGUGCUGGAGUACAACUUUGACAAGAGCAAAGGAAAGGUCUUCAUUCGGUGCUUUGACGGUGCACUAACAAACAUGUGCUACAACGCCCUCGACCGCCACCUCCCACAACACAAGAACCGCGUGUGCUUCUACUGGGAAGGCAAUGCGGUAAAUGAGAGCAGCGUAGUGACGUACGGGAUGAUGCACGAGGCCGUACUGCAGAUCGCGUCUCUGUUGCGGCACCGCUACGGCGUCCGGAAGGGCGACGUCAUCACUCUGUACCUCCCCAUGAUUCCCUUUGCGGUGCAGGUGAUGCUGGCGGUCGCCCGCCUUGGUGCCGUUGUAUCGGUUGUGUUCGCCGGCUUCUCGGCCCAGUCACUCGCCUCACGCAUUCUCGACUCCAGCAGCAAGCUUAUCAUCACUGCAGACGCCUCUUCCCGGGGUGAGAAGCCCAUCCCACUGAAGAAGAUCGUUGACGAGGCACUUGCUGAAUGUGAAGAAGGGGGGCACCACGUUCAGUGUCUUGUUUACGAGCGGCACCAGCGGAAGGAUGUUGCGAUGAAGGAGGGCCGCGAUCUGUGGUACGACGACAUUGCCGCAACGUUGACAGCCCAGCAGGCGGAGGACUGCCCUAUAGAAUGGGUGGGCGCGGAGGACACGCUCUUCAUGCUAUACACCUCCGGUAGCACAGGCAAGCCCAAGGCGCUUCUGCACACUGCGGGCGGAUACAUGGUGUACGCGGCCACCACCUUCAAGUACAGCUUUGACUACCACGAGGACGAUGUGUACUUCUGCACUGCGGAUAUCGGCUGGAUCACGGGGCACUCGUACUUGGUGUAUGGGCCCAUGCUCAACGCUGCCACUUCGGUGCUGUUCGAGGGGUUGCCGACAUACCCCACUACAUCCCGCUGGUGGGAACUUGUUGACAGGUACGGCGUCACAAUAUUCUACACGGCCCCCACCGCUAUUCGCUCCCUCAUGAAGGUAGGUGAGGAGCCCGUGAAAAAGACAUCCCGCAAGACGCUCCGCAUUCUCGGUUCCGUGGGGGAGCCGAUCAAUGUGGAGGCGUGGCGGUGGUUUCACGGUGUGGUCGGUGAGGGCCACGCGGACCUCAUCGACACGUGGUGGCAGACGGAGACCGGCGGCCACCUCAUCACGCCGCUGCCCGGCUGCACACCGCAGAAGCCUGGCAGCGCUUCGCUGCCGUUCUUCGGUGUCGAGCCGGCGCUGCUCGAUCCGGUCACCAACGCGGAGAUCGAGGGNCCGCAGAAGCCUGGCAGCGCUUCGCUGCCGUUCUUCGGUGUCGAGCCGGCGCUGCUCGAUCCGGUCACCAACGCGGAGAUCGAGGGCCCCGGCGAGGGCCUGCUGGUGGUAAAGAAUGCGUGGCCAGGGCAGGCACGCACCAUCUAUGGCGACCACCAGCGCUUCGAGCAGGUGUACUUCCCCGUGAACGGAUACUACAUGACCGGCGACGGUGCACGCCUCGACGAAGACGGCUACUACUGGAUCACCGGCCGCGUGGACGACGUGCUGAACGUCAGCGGUCACCGCAUCGGCACCAGCGAGGUAGAGGACGCCGUGAACACGCACCCCUCUNUUCGAGCAGGUGUACUUCCCCGUGAACGGAUACUACAUGACCGGCGACGGUGCACGCCUCGACGAAGACGGCUACUACUGGAUCACCGGCCGCGUGGACGACGUGCUGAACGUCAGCGGUCACCGCAUCGGCACCAGCGAGGUAGAGGACGCCGUGAACACGCACCCCUCUGUCGUGGAGAGCGCCGUUGUCGGCGUGACGCACGACGUGAAGGGGGAGGGCAUCUACGUCUUUGUCACCUUCCACGAGGGCGUGGAGAUUGA